GCCUUUCUGCAGCAGGUUGAUCUGAGCCUAUAUCACCGAAUUUGGCAAGCUAAAUGAGCAGCAGGAUUCCAUCCGAACCUGAUAAAUAUGAUACAUCAUAGAUAGAUAGCUACCUACCUACCUAGUAAAUAGGACGCAGGUAUAUUUCUAGUUCCCGGACUAGAAAGUGCCUAGAGAAUCUAGAUAUUACAAUGAGUCGGAGUAUUUGGUUGACAUACUCAACCUGCGACUUGCAACCUCGUAGCUACAGUAACUACACGCCAAACCCAUAGUCAUCCCGUGUCUUGUACCCGAGCAGGGAAUCUUCGACUGCACACUGUAGCAGCAUAGCAGCAUAGCAGCAUAGAAGCAUGUCUACCAUAGACGUAUUCGGGUUCACUGCCCUCCAUGUCACAGAGUGGACGACUCGGAAUCUCUGGACUAUACUGGUAGUGGCCAUCAUCGCCAAGGUCGUCUCUAGCGGAAUAUACAAUGCGUACUUCCACCCGCUAAGUAGGUUCCCGGGACCGAAACUGGCAGCUUGUAGCAAUGUGCCAUAUUCCAUGAACUUUCUCGGAGGGAGGCAACCUUAUGAGAUGUUGCGUCUUCAUCGUCGCUAUGGCCCCGUCGUCCGCGUAGCACCCAACGAGCUAUCUUUCAACACGGCGCAGUCCUUCCGCGAUAUCUACGGAUUUCGCCCCGGGCACAAGACCUUUGUAAAGUCCAUCUUCUACGAGGGAGGUAGCUUUGCGGCUAAGGGAGUCCAUUCGAUCGUAUCGGAACGUGAUCCCGCAAUUCAUGCGCAGAUGCGAAGACUUUUAUCUCAUGCCUUCAGCAAUUCGAGUCUCCUAGAGCAGGAAGAGCUUGUGACAGAUAGCGUGGAUCGAUUCGUGCGUCUCAUAAGGGCGAAGGUUGGCCAACGUCUGGACAUUGCAGACUUGUUUGAACGGAUGGCAUUUGAUAUCAUAGGAAAUUUGGCGUUUGGCGAGACUUUUGGUGCAUUGGAGAAGGACGAACGCCAUCCUUGGAUUGCCAUCACGAUGGGGGCCCUAACGAAAGGUGCUCUCGUCGACUCGUUCAAGCGCUUCCCGAUGUUAGCUAGUAUUGUCAAGUUGAUCAUGCACAAGCAGAUAGCGACGCUCAUCGACGACACUAACAAGAACGAGGAGCUUGCUAUCAAAUUAGUCGAAAGGCGCGUCUCCCGUCCAAGUACUCGGAAAGACUUCCUUACGCGUAUCCUCGAGCAACGGACCAGAGUCGACGCAGACCCAGACUACAAGCACCAGCACAAGGUCUCGGAUGUAGAAUUGGCUGCCCACGUCUCAGACUUCGUGCUAGCUGGUAGCGAGACGACGUCCACGGUCCUUUCCACGGCAACCUAUUAUCUUCUUAAGAAUCCGCUGGUGUACAAAAAGCUCGCUUCCGAAAUUCGAUGCGCUUUCGAAUCAGCAGAGGAUAUUAAUGAGGCGACCACCCGCGACCUGGCGUAUCUGAACGCCGUGUGCAAAGAGGCGAUGCGCAUCUAUGCUCCGUUACCUCUAGGGACUCCGAGGGAGGUGCCGGAGGGAGGGGAAACAGUCGACGGGCAUUUUCUCCCGGCUGGGACCGUGGUCGCAACCAACCCCAUCGCAGCAAGCCUCGAUCCGACGAAUUUUGCAGAUCCUCUCCUGUUCAACCCAGACCGGUGGCUUGACGAUUAUCGAGGACAGGAUGAUCUCGAGGCUAGUCAACCGUUUAGCCUUGGAGCGAGAGGAUGUCUCGGUAAGAGCUUGGGUUGGAUGGAGAUGCGUCAAGUUUUGGCUAAACUGAUUUGGAAUUUCGAUCUGGAGCUGGCAGAGUCGGAUCUCGAUUGGCAUAGGGACUCGCGUAUGUAUACACUAUGGUCGAAACCGCAUCUCCACGUGAGAGCGAAGUUGGCGGAUCGAUAACGAUAUGCGGGAGGAGCAAGGUUCUGUACGAUUCAUGAGCUGCGUACGUGGAUGCAAGAUCGGUUGAAUAGGUACUUAGUAGUUUAGUUGUCAGGGCAAUAACGAUUGGCUCGAAUUUGAAGCCCGUAUCAUCUCCAGGGCUGUCAUAUCAGGAUGUUCAACGCAAUAUCAUAACCCUCUUAGGACACUGAAUA